AUGGAUUCUAUCAGCCUCCCAGUUCAGGUCCCUGAGCCAAAACCGGACACAAGAAAGGCUUUUAGGAAUAGCAGCAGACACGCGAGAAGUUCUACAAGGGUGCUAAAGGAGUGGUUUGCUGCCCACUUGCCUUACCCUUAUCCCUCGGAUCACGAGAAAAAAGAAUUGAAAGAGCAAACAGGUUUAAGCAUUCGGCAGAUCUCUUACUGGUUCACCAACGCACGACGCCGAAGCGGGAUAUCUCAGAAGCCCCAAGUGCCGACCGAGCCAACGCUGUCGAUGCCUUUGUCGGGCGCCGAAUCUUUCAACAAUCAGGGCCAAGAAUGGAGUGGGAUGGUCCCUUUGGAUCGUUGGAAAAAUUCUCCCCCAGAAGAAGAACCAGCGGCACUAGAUGCCAUAGCGAUCUCACUUGGAGAAGUUGGAGCAGACAGCUCUCUCUCCCUGAAUUUUGAUCCAUUUUAUGACUGGACCUCUCCGGCUAACUGGAGCUUCGACAUGGCCGUUUCACAUGGGCCUGCUAGCUACUUCGGAUCUUCAGAUCAAAGCCAUUCUAGCAACUCUUCUGUCCACUCAUAUAGCCCUGAUUCACACCUGCGGGUCAGCAAUCAAGAAGGUCGCCGACGCAGGCGCCGCAACAAAAAGCCUCGCAAUCCCUCAAGUGCUACAGAAGAUGAUAAAGAAAAGCGUAUCUACCAGUGUACAUUUUGCACGGAUACUUUCAAAUCAAGGUAUGACUGGACGCGACACGAAAGCACACUCCAUUUAUCACUGGAGAAAUGGACCUGUGUCCCAUCCGGUCCAAGGUACUGCGACCCAUCGGAAGAGUUGAUACGAUGUGCCUUUUGUGGUGAUCAGAAUCCGUCAGAUCAACAUAUCCAGGAGCACAGUUAUGAAGACUGCGCAACGAAACCCUUACACGCACGUGUCUUUUAUCGAAAAGAUCACCUCCGCCAACACCUUCGGCUAUCUCAUAAAGUCAACAAGGUUCUGCCUUCAAUGAAUGAGUGGAAGUCAAAGAUCUAUAAGGUGAAGUCUAGAUGCGGCUUCUGUGGAAAGACAUUUAGCUUGUGGGCUGACCGCAAUGAUCAUUUGGCCGACCACUACCGGGCUGGUGCUCUCACAAAGGAUUGGAAAGGCUGCCGUGGCUUAGAGCCAGCUGUUGCGUUACUUGUUCAAAAUGCCAUGUCUCCAUACCUUAUUGGGGCUGAAGCCAAUGAUAGAACACCAUUCAGUGCGUCGCGGGCUGCUUCACAACGAUGCAAAAACCCGUCACAGUUUGAAUCACCCACAGCGAGACUUGGGGAUUACGUCAGAACUGAAAUUGGUGAUGGCAAGUAUGUUCCAAAUGAUUUGGUCCAAAGAGAUACUCGACUGGCUCUAUGCGGGGAGAAUGGUCCAUGGGACCAGACUCCUUCAGGCAGUUCCAAGGUGCUAAGGCGCUUCAAUACAGGCCAUGGGCUGAUACCAAAUAUACAACCGAUCGUAUCCAGGACAAGAGAUUUUGAUACUAUCAAGUGGGACUUAGAUGCAACCAUUACCCAGUUUCCUGACAUCAACACCACAGCUGAAGCACUGCUUCGUUUGGGAAAUGUGCAAUAUCCGAUCAGUUCAGCCAAUCUAGAUACUUCAGCAGAACUAGGUGGCGGUACAUCGAAUGAAACCAGCGAAAACGAUAAUGCUCUUCCUUGGACUUGGCAUACCGCAGAACGCUUGGCUGAGUUGAAGCAGAUGAAAUAUGUCCCGCCAACGGACAUCACCGACUUGGACGUGAAUUGGGAUUUUGAAGAUCAUUUCAUUGAAGGGUUCAUGUAUCCGGAGCUUCUAUUCGGACACAACGAAACGUUGGAUGUUGGCACACAGUGA